CCAUUAUUUUUCGUUAGAGAGAAAAAAAAAAAAAAAGGAGAGAAGAAUGUUACAGUUUCCGACGUUGAUGAGCCAGUUUCCGUCGUCGACGAAGACGAUUCCGGCAUCGUAUUUGCUUCCUUUACAGUGGCCUCAGCCGCAGAACGAGGAGAUUCUUCUCGCCAUGGAAGAAGCUGAGUUCGAAGAAAAGUGCAACGAGAUCAGAAAGAUGAGUCCUGCUUUACCGGUAAUUGGAAAACCAGUCGUUGACAACCAACAAGAAGAGGACGAUAAUGAAGCAGAGGAUGAUGAUGCAGACAAUGCAGAGGAAUCAGAUGGUGAAGAGUUUGAGCAAGAAACCGGAUAAAUAUCUUGAGGCUGGAAAACACACACGGAUUAUUGCUGGAGUUGGCUUGAAAUUUGAGUACACUUAUCUAAAAUCUUCUUGUGAUAAAACGACUGUCAUUCU